UCCCCGCGGGCGGCGCAGUGGGCUAAUCUUUAAGGCCUUGUGGGUGACCGACUGCUCUUUAGCAGUGUGUGGCUAGGUGUCUUGGGUGGGCUGCCAGGAGGUUUGGACGGGCUCGGAUCUCCUGCCCACCCCUCAAGGCCUUCAGAAUGGGGGGUGGCAGGAGCUUGAGUCCGGCAGGGGAUUGUGUGAAGGAGGCAGGGCACCCCGAGACCUGGGGCUGGUUGUGCACCGGUUGUCCCAGCUUCAGGGCGACCGCUUGGCCUCUGAUUUGAAUCAGUGGUGUCUGGCGGGUUGGUGUCGUGCAAAGACUAAACCGAUCUGUGUGAUGUCCCCUGAGUCGUCCAGCCUUGGAUCCCCUGCUCCUCCUUUGGAAAUAAUCCUGCCCUGCCUACUUGGUAGCUGGUUUCAAAGAGCGAAUGAGAAAUUGUUUGGGAAGCUAUAAAGUGCAUUGUUUUUAAACGUAAUUAAUAAUGUAAGUUAAGAAGUUGGUGGGUACAGGGUUACGAGUUUCUAGAUUACUUAACUUUCUUUAAAAUACCAAGUAACCUUGGAAGAAUCCCCAAAGCAAGAGAAUUUGAUGACACUCCUGUGAUGACUAAGUAGCAGCUUCUGCAGUUGUAAAGAAAAUAGUAUCUUAAACUUAAUGAUCUCAUUACUUACGAAAUCUGUUUACCAGAUUUUGCUUUUGUUUUUUCUUCUUGAAAGAUCCAAGUCAGGCAUCCAAUAAGUAUAGAAUUCUUUGUUGGAGAGAAUGUAUUUGAUUUAGUUAAUGAAAAUGAGAACCUUAAACAAUAGAUUUUGCAUUAAUUCUCUGGGGCAACCACUGGGAAACUCAAAAGUAGAAAAACAUCUUAAUCGAGUAGUUUUGUGUGAUUUGGCAGAGAGUAGCAGAAGGUAUCCUUAGGCCCUGUUGCUUGGAAAGAGGUUCUUCCUCAUAAUCUGAGUGCAUGCUAUGGCUCCCUGAAACUCCCUAUCUUCGUAACACUUCUCCUACCAGUGAUGUUUAGAUCAACUUCAGUGAAAUGACUCUUCAGGAAUUGGUGCAUGAGGCUGCCUCCAUUUAUUCCAAUAAAGUAGCUGUAUGUUUUGAUGACUGUAACAACCAACCUCCAGUUUAUUACACCUACAAGACUCUGGUUAAUACUGCUUCUGAAUUAUCAGAUUUCCUGCAAUUACACUGUGACUUCCAAGGAAUUCGAGAAAUUGGUCUCUACUGCCAUCCUGGGAUAAACGUACCCUCUUGGAUUUUAGGAAUUCUCCAACUCCCUGCUGCUUAUGCUCCCAUUGAUCCAGAUUCACCACCAGCAUUAUCAACUCAUUUUAUGAAAAAAUGUAAUCUAAAGUAUAUCCUUGUUGAAAAACAGCAAAUUAAUAAAUUCAGAUCUUCCUAUGAAACAUUAUUGAAUACAUCUGAAACAUCUACAGUAGAACAUAAUGACCUAGUACUCUUCAGACUUCACUGGAAAAAUGCUGAGGUGAGCUGGAUGCUUAAUAUUAGCAAGGAAGAAUCUGAAAAAGAAAAAAUGGCAAACAGCAUGAGCUCUGAGAACAGCAAUGAAGGAAAGUCAGAGGAGCUCAUGGAUGCGAGGCUGAAGCAUUGUUUAGCCUAUGUUCUCCAUACAUCAGGCACCACGGGGAUACCUAAGAUUGUCAGAGUCCCUCAUGCGUGCAUAGUGCCGAACAUCCAGCAUUUUCGGGUACUUUUUGAGAUCACACAAGAGGAUGUUUUGUUUCUGGCUUCACCGCUGACCUUUGAUCCUUCAGUUGUGGAAAUAUUUGUUGCUCUAUCAAGUGGUGCCUCUCUGCUGAUUGUACCAACUGCUGUCAAGGUGUUCCCAUCAAAAUUAGCUGCUGUUCUCUUUUCCCAUCACAGAGUGACUAUUUUGCAGGCAACCCCGACAUUGCUUAGAAGAUUUGGAUCUCAGCUUAUUAAGUCAACUGUUCUAUCAACCAGUACUUCUCUUCGAGUACUAGCCCUUGGUGGUGAAGCAUUUCCAUCACUGACUGUCCUCAGAGGCUGGAGGGAAGAGGGCAAUAGAACACAAAUAUUUAAUGUUUAUGGUAUCACAGAGGUAUCAAGUUGGGCGACUUUUUACAGGAUUCCAGAGAAGAUUCUUAACUCUACUUUGAAAUGUGAAUUGCCUGUACAACUGGGAUGUCCAUUGCUUGGAACAGUAGUUGAAGUCAGAGAUACUGAUGGUUUCAGAAUUCAAGAAGGCAAUGGCCAAGUAUAUUUAGGUGGCAGAAACAGAGUAUGUUUUCUCGAUGGUGAGAUGACAGUAGCACUCGGCACCAUGCGAGCCACAGGAGACUUCGUGACUGUGAAGGAUGGCGAGUUAUUUUUCUUGGGACGAAAGGACAGUCAGAUCAAACGUCAUGGCAAACGUCUGAACGUUGAACUUGUGCAACAGGUUGCUGAAGGACUUCAGCAAGUGGAGUCCUGUGCAGUCAUAUGGUAUAAUCAGGAAAAAGUCAUUCUGUUCAUCGUGUCCAAAACUGAGUUAGUAAAGGAUGACAUCUUUAAAGAACUGGAGAAACAGCUUCCAAGUCAUGCAGUCCCAGAUGAGCUUGUGCCGGUUGAUUCUCUGCCAUUCACAUCUCAUGGCAAAAUUGAUGUUUCUGAGUUAAGCAGAAUUUAUUUAAACUACACAAACUUGAAGUCUGAGCAUAAGCUCAAUGGAAAAGAGGAACUUUGGGAAAAAUUACAGCAUUUGUGGAAGUCUAUUCUGAGUCUCUCAGAAGAUUCUUUGAAGGUUCCAGAUGAGUCCCUCUUCUUAAACAGUGGUGGAGAUUCCUUAAAGUCUGUACGGCUCCUCAACGAGAUUGAAAAACUUGUUGGCAUGUCGGUACCUGGGCUCCUGGAAAUUAUUCUCAGCAGUUCCAUUUUAGAGAUUUACAGUCACAUCCUUCAAGCAGUGUUUCCAGACGAAGAUCAGACGUUUAGCAAGAAUUAUGCCACAAAAAGAAAAUACAGCGACAUUAAUCAAGAAGAAACUAGUGGAGAAUCUUUACAUCAGAAAUCAGUUGUGCCUUUAAAUUUAGACAACAAGAUAAAUGCUUUUAUUGCACUGAGCAGAGGGAGUCAGAUAUUGCCUCUGAAUGCUGCUGGGUUUUUAUCUAAGUUAGGACAUUGCCCUUCAGCCUGUUCUUCUGAUUUAAUUUCACAGCCUAAUGUUCAAAAAGUGCAAAGCUUAAGUCCUCCAGCUUGUAUUGGGAUGUCAAAAGAUUCAACCUGUGCUGAAAAAGUUUAUGAAGAUGAAACUCCUGUGAUAGGGGCUGAGACAAUGGAGUUACGUGUGAGGUGGAGGUCAGACACAGGCAAAUGUGUAGACGCUUCGCCUCUGGUUGUAAUACCUGCUGUUGAAAUGUCAUCUGCAACUGUGUACAUCGGCUCCCAUUCUCAUAGAAUGAUGGCGAUUGACCUUUACUCCGGGAAGGUGAAAUGGGAACAGAUUUUGGGAGAUCGAAUUGAAUCCUCGGCAUGUGUAUCUAAGUGUGGAAACUUUAUUGUAGUAGGCUGUUAUAAUGGGUUGGUUUAUGUUCUGAAAAGUAAUAAUGGAGAAAAAUACUGGACGUUUACUACUGAGGAUGCUGUCAAAAGCUCUGCCACCAUGGACCCAGCCACAGGACUCUUUCACCUUGGCUCUCAUGACCAGCACGCGUACGCUUUGGACAUUUAUGAAAAGAAGUGUGUUUGGAAGUUAAAUUGUGGAGGAACUGUAUUUUCUUCGCCUUGUUUGAACUUGAUUCCACAUCACUUGUAUUUUGCUACACUGGGAGGACUUUUACUGGCUGUAGAUCCUGCCACUGGGAACAGAGUCUGGAGACAUUCCUGUGGGAAACCACUCUUCUCUUCUCCUCGGUGUUGCCUGCAGUAUGUGUGCAUUGGCUGUGUGGAUGGGAAUUUACUGUGUUUUACUCAUUCUGGAGAACAGGUUUGGCAGUUCUCUACCAGUGAGCCAAUCUUUUCAUCCCCAUGUACCUCCGCAUCAGAGCAAGAAAUAUUUUUCGGUUCCCAUGAUUGCUUUGUCUACUGUUGCAGUAUGAAAGGUCACCUCCAAUGGAAAUUCCAAACUACCUCCAGGGUGUAUUCAACACCAUUUGCUUUCCAUAACCACGAUCGUAGCGAUGACAUGUUGCUGGCAGCAGCAUCUACUGAUGGGAAACUGUGGAUACUGGAAUCCAAGAGUGGACAGUUGCGAAGUGUGUAUGAACUUCCCGGGGAAGUGUUCUCCUCUCCUGUGGUCUGGGAAUCAAUGCUUAUUAUUGGAUGUAGAAAUAAUUAUGUUUAUUGUCUGGAUAUGUUGGGGAGCAACAAAAAUAAUCAAGUACAGUCUUUAACAGAAUAUAGCUGAGGUGUUUGAAAGUAUUUAUCAUUAUAAAAAGCAUGUGGAUAGUUUUAUUGCAUGAUAAAGAUUAUAUUUUGUUUAAGAAACUUGUCUAUUACACUUUAUUGGAGAAAAACCAUGUUUUAUUUCCUGUAGGAACAACAGAUACUUUUUAAAGGAGUUAUAAAACAAAACACAUCAGUAUAUUUAAUAGCACUUUUUAAAAAUCAGGCUAGAGCUAUUUGCUUUUUUAUAGAAGCUCUCUGUGGAAAAAAGAUCAGAAUACACUUGGUGACUUAAAAACUUAGUCUCUGAGGUAAUACACCAUUCACUUAUUUAUACUGAGAUUCACAACAAAAGAUUAAAAAAAAAAGAUUUUAUUUAUUCAUUUACAGAGAGCGGGAAAGGGAGAGAGAAAGAUGGAAACAUCAAUGUGUGGUU